GAUGAAAGUUUUAAUUAGAAGUUAAUAAACCAAUUAUUUGCUAAAUUUUGUGGUCAAAUAAAUAAUGCCUCGACUUUCAGACAAUGUCGAAGAGAGCGACCGAAACACUGUUAUUGAAAAAUGUGAACAAUAUUUAGGGGGUAUUUGGAAAAGAGAUAAUUUCACUGUCAGUCGAUUCUCUGAUGGAUUUUUUAAUAAAAUAUUUUAUUGCAAGCAAAAUGUUGCCAAUAAUACCAAUGAUUUGACUGAUUGUGAGCGCAAAGCAGUGGUGGUUAAGAUGGCUCUGGAAGACGAGUUCUUCCUCUACAGCCCAUUCAUAUCAACCAUUAAUACACUACUUCUUUCAAAGUCUGGUUUAGCGCCAAAAGUUUUGGGUAUUUUUCCCAAUGGAAUGAUCUGUGAAUAUAUUGAGAGCCGUUCGUACAAUCAUUUGGAUGACGAGAAUCCGGCGAUCGUAACACUAUUGGCACAAAAAUUGGCAAAAUUUCAUUCAUUAGAGUCUCCGAUACCAAGAGAUGGAACCCAUCGGUGGUUGGAUGUGGUGUUUGACGAGUACUUCAGAGAAGGCAUGUUUGACGGCAUCAAAAGCAAGCAAAUGAUUGAUAUAAUAAACAGUAGUCCUCACGAGUGUCUCAAAGGAGCAAAUUUGGGCGAAGAGAUGAGUUGGGUUAGGGAUGCCAUUACCAGUGCACCCAAAAUACUGGUUCUCUCUCACUGUGACUUCAAUCGGGGAAAUAUAUUAAUACAACAAAACGGCUCACAAGUGGACCUCUUUUUCAUUGACUUUGACUUCACGAGCCAUAACUAUCGGGGCAUUGAUUUGGGCCGAUAUUUCUCGAGUUGGAAACAUAAAGACCCGCACUUCGGCGCCGAUCCCUUCCCUACCGAUCAACAGAUGACUCCAUUCAUUGACGCAUACAUUCAAGAAUCGGAUCGUUUGACUGGAAAUGAAUUCUCUAAGAAUGUCCUCAACUCUAGGCAUGAGAAAAGGCUGAGAGAAGGCAUGACAUCAGCGGUGGUUCUCAUUGAAAAUAUACCCAAUAUUGAGAUAACGGUAAUAUCUGAAGAAUUCACGCCAAACACUACCGGCGAUGGCAGUGCGGGACUCAUAUACCCAUAUUUGCCGGGAAAAACUGACCCAAAACGGGUUCGCCGAUGGGUUAGGGACACAAUGAGCUAUUUAAGAGACCACUUUGUGUCACCAAAUCCGGGUAAACUGGGUAUCGGUUUGAUGUCAUUGUAUAUGUUAUUUGACGAGAGGGUAGACGCGUAUAAAAGAUCAGAAUGUGAUGAAGAGAUGAUAAACUGCAGAGAUAUGACUCCACAGGAGAUGAAUCUGUUUCCCCGAAAGUGGACAAAAGGUAUAUUUGUGACCUCAUAUUACGCCGAAUGCGCUAAACUAUUGCCGUUUUUGAUGCAAGAAUUUAAAUCAAAGGGCGGACGUGUUAUCCAAAAGCGAGUCAAUGAUAUAAAGGAAUUGAUUGGAAAGUAUGAUAUAGUGAUCAAUUGCACGGGUGUUGAGGCAAACAAGUGCUGCAGCGAUAAGAAAGUGCAUCCAAUUCGUGGUCAAGUAUAUCGUGUAUACGCGCCGUGGAUUAGACACGGAGUGAUGGCCGGAGAUUACUAUAUCCUACCGAACAGCGACACAGUUGUGUUGGGCGGCACUAAACAGGCCGACAAUUGGAGCCGAGAA